CGUUUGAUUCAUCGACCGAUCCCGAGAUGGCAGAUAAGUCUACAUCAUCAGCAGUUGCUUCACCAGCGAGCUCUCCUGCUCCUGCAAAAGCGGAGGCUGCUAAAAAAUCAACGAAGGCGAAAAAUCCGAAGCCUAAACCAACUCAUCCCAGUACUGCUGACAUGGUUAAUACGGCUGUAAAAACCCUUGCUGACCGUCAUGGAUCAUCCCUUCAGGCUAUCAAGAAGUACAUCGCUGCAAACUAUAAGAUCGACACUACAAAGCAUGCAUUUUUCAUCAAGAAAUAUCUGAAAUCUGCAGUUGCUUCGGGAACUCUUGUCCAGACUAAAGGAACUGGUGCAUCUGGAUCGUUCAAACUUGCAGGGAAGAAGAGUGACACUGCGAAGCCAAAACCGAAACCCAAGGCAGUCAAGAAGGAGAGUUCUCCCAAAAAGGUUGCUGUUAAGAAGAUUGUUAAGAAAACUGAAACAGCAAAACCUAAAGCAAAGAAACCAGCUUCUCCUAAAAAACCUGCAGCGAAAAAGCCAGCUGUUGAAAAGGUUGCCAAGCCGAAAGUAGUGAAAGCUGCAGCCAAGCCGAAGAGCCCCAAGGCCAAGAAAGCUACGAAAGGACCAACUGCUAAACCGAAAGUACCUAAGCCAAAGAAGGCUGCUUCUCCAAAGGCCAAAGCAUCAGCUAAGAAAACAGCUCAGAAGAAAUGAAUUGAAUAUACCAAUUCAAUUCAACUUUGAUCAUAACCAAACGGCCCUUUUCAGGGCCAAUAAUUAUUCACCUACGUAAAAAUCUCAAUCGCUAUGAAUUAUUCAGUAACUCUUAACUAUCCGUUAUUUGAAAAUGAUAUUUAAUCCAUUUGUUAUCAGAGCAAAAUUUAGCAGAGUUACAUUUCUAAGCACACCUUUAACUGUAAAUUUAUAAUCAAUGAAUGUCGUUUCAAUUUUACGUGAAUAUCGUGAAAUUUUUAGACACAAGAUAAAAAUGUUAACACUAGAGGCAAGAAUAGUUGACAUACAACGAUUUUUUGAAACCAACAGAUAGGAAAUUUACUUAGAACUUCUUUUAUCGGAUUUCGUUUUAAUAACUCUAAACCAAUUCGUCGUUCAGUUCAGUAGUUUUACAUACGUAACUAAAUUGAAAAUUUAUCUGAAAAAUAUAAAGGAAAUAAAAUCUGGAAAACAUCAGCGUAAUGGCAGAAGAUCGAGCAUCAAACUGGCGUCGCCAGAAGCGUAUGAUUCACUGCCUACAACUGCACUAGUUUUGCUAAUUUUUAGUUUGAUUUUUUAGCUAAAAUUCCGCGAAAAAAAUAUACCUGUCGAACGAUCAUCUUCAGAGUGAAGUUAUAUGAUUGACGGUGUGCGACUUAUUUUAGAGCAAUGAAUCGUAAAAAUCCAAAAGCUAUACAAAUGAUGGCAAAUUGAAUGAAAUUUUAGAAAUAACACUAAAUAGCACCCAAAUAUCAUUCAAGUCACUUUGUGAGGCGUUGGACUUUCAUUGCCACAAAACCAAUGGAACGACCACAAAGCCUUUAUUAUAUUUUUUAACUGAAUCAUAAGUGAUGCGGACUGCUUC